UGAAUACUUUCCGGAUGCACUGUACUCAAAAUUUGCAGAAAUAGUUGGAAACAGUAAUAAUAUUGGGUAAUUAAUCAGCCUGACUGAUAUAUCAGUCUUGCACUAGAUUUAAAAUUCAGUGCAUCUGUUUAAGUUCAAAGGCUUACUUAAGGAAUAUUAGAAAUAAAAACAUUCAUGUUUAUCUGUGUGUUUGUACUUUUAUCCAAGUAUAAGUGGAAUCUUGCCUUGAUGAGCUGUACAUAACAUUCUGUUUUAUCGUACUGUGCGUUUAAAAGUUGGAUGAGGGUUCUGCUUGUCUGCAGGUAUGCCACGGUCCAGGUACGCUUGUGUGGAAGGUUGGAGCAGUAAGCAGGUAGCCAGCUGGCUGAGGGAACAGGGAUUUCGUGAAUAUGUGGAUCUCCUGUGCUCUAAGCACCGUUUAGAUGGAGCCAGCCUACUGUGCCUUGGUGAGACUGAUCUACGGUCCCCUCCACUGGAGCUUAAGGUGCUGGGUGACAUUAAGAGACUGAUGCUGGCGGUGCGGAGACUACAGAGACAACACACGGCCCUCACAUGCUUAGGGUCAGAGGUCAGUGCGUUGUCUCCCAUAAACACUGGGGGUACGGACCGUACCGUUUGUAACGGCUUCGUAGAACGAGGAUCAGGAGACUAUCAACACUGUAACGGGGUCGGGGCGGUCACCACAGUUGGCAGAGAACAUAGCAAUGGUUUCUCUAAUGGGAAACGUAAGCAGCAUUCUGGUCGGUUUGAUCCGGAGUACUGGAAAACUGCACUCGGCACCCUUUAUGCCAUGCUGGUGUGUGGACUGACAUCAUUCGUAAUGGUGCUCGUGCAUGAGAGAGUUCCUGACAUGCGGACAUACCCACCACUUCCAGACAUAUUUCUGGAUAGUGUCCCCAGAAUUCCCUGGGCUUUCGCCAUGGCUGAAGCAUGUGGAGUGGUGCUGGGUUUCAUAUUACUGCUGGUGUUGUUGAUGCACAAACAUAGGUCCAUUCUGUUUCGCAGGCUGUGUAGUCUGAUGGGGACAGUGUUCUUGCUCCGCUGUGUCACUAUGUUUGUCACCUCACUGUCUGUACCUGGUCAUCAUCUGCAGUGUUCAGGCAAGAUGUAUGGCGAUACCUGGGCAAAAGUGCAGCGUGCAGUGGACAUCUGGAGUGGACUUGGCAUGUCUUUAACUGGUGUUCAUACAUGUGGGGAUUACAUGUUUAGUGGACACACUGUUGUUCUCACCAUGCUUAACUUCUUUGUCACCGAGUAUACACCACGUAACUGGAACUUCAUCCAUACCACGUCUUGGGUCCUAAACCUGUUUGGAAUUUUCUUCAUCUUGGCGGCUCAUGAACACUACUCUAUUGACGUCUUCAUCGCGUUCUACAUCACCACCAGACUGUUCCUGUACUACCAUACGCUUGCAAACACACAAGCCUAUCAGCACAGCCGCAGAGCACGUAUCUGGUUCCCCCUCUUCUCUUUCUUUGAGUGCAAUGUGACAGGACCUGUUCCAAAUGUGUAUAGCUGGCCUUUCUCCAAACCUGCCUUCAUGAAGAUAAUUAUAGGAUAGACUGUGUAUUCAUGACAAGCUCAGACUGUGGCGUUUUUUCACGUUUGUUGUCUUGGGUAUUAUUUAUUUGUUUAUUUAUUGCUUUUUGUUCGUGUAUCUUUUCGCAACCUCUUUUGGUAAUGAUUUGUAUUCUACUGUAAAUCAGAACACUGUGUUGUUUUGGUGAUUUGCACUAAUUAGAAUAUUGGACAAUGGCUGCCUGUUUACCAAUUUAUAAAGAACAUACACAGGCUUCUUUUUUCCAUUGGAUACACUUGUGUACUUCAUUAAUAUCACAGAUUCUUUUGACUGUUUCUGGAACAAGAAUUAUCUAGUGAAGUUUUGAAAGUUCAACAAUUAAAACACCAGAUUUACAGUAUAUCACACUAACAGUUAGCCCAUAAUAUUUCCACAUAAAAAAAAAACAAAAAAAAAACACUUGCAAUAUCAGAGGGGUUAAAAUUAUAGGGAGGAAAAAAUACAAAAAGAGCUUAUCUGUGAGUCCUUAUACUGAUACCUCAGUCUUUGACUUUGACUCAUGUUUCCUGUGGUGCUUAUUAUUGUUGGGCUACUUCAUAAUGGUUCAUAUUUAAAGACUUCUAGCCACAGAGAUGUAAUGCUUAUUUAUUAAUGAUUUUGGCAUUUUGCUAUGAAUAAUUUACUUUUGUUUAAAUACUUUAAUUUUGAUGUCCUAAAAGAGAUUACUGUUACAAAAUGUUUUGUCAGUAUCAGCAUCAGUAUUAAUCUCAACAGCCAAAGAAAUGAUCAACAUUAUAUGUAUUAUAUAUUUUAUAUGGGCAUCAUUGUUAAAAAGGAGGUGCAGCAUUUUUGUUGAUCUGUAAGAUUAAUUAUGCUUGUCAAGAUUUUUUUUUUUGUAAGUGUAUGCAUGGGCACAUGGAAGUCAUGUGUUUGUGAAUGCAACUUAUUUUUAUGUCACUGUUUCUGUUUUGGUGUUUUAUUGAAAUGUUAUUUAAUGCCAACAAAAGUCUUAUCAAGUGACAGACUAUUUUAUACAAUAAUAAAAGUUUACAGACUUAAA